GUAGGUACGUUAAGUAAAAAAGCCAGGAUUUUUACCCGCGGGGGAGGUAAAAAACCGACACCCACGCCUCUAUCUCUUGUGGGGGGAAAGAGGAAAACAAUAAAAUUAAAACCUCGUUCGUUGGUCUGGGGGGUCCGUGUUAUAUCAUCCACAGCGUGGUAGUGAGAUUCGCCCUAAGCGCGGUGUGGACGAAGAAGAGGAGGAGCUCGUAGCGUUCUCUCCAAUCUUCGCCUUUUUAUCUCUUCUUGCCCGCCCUCUGUGAGAGUUCUUCGGUUGGAAGGAAGAGGAUCUAAUCUCGAGUGGGAGCUCCCGCCGGGCGUUGGUUGUAUUCGGCGAAGCUUGGGGGAUAAGAGGGAAUCCACGCUUUGAUACCUUCGUUCUCCUCUGGCGGUAGAUGAUCCUCCAGCCCAGCGCGCGCAUUCGCAUUCCAGUGGCGAUUUGGGCGGGAUUGGAGAUGGAGAGCGGCAGCGAUCGGUCGCCAGUGGAGGAGAAGAGUAAUCCGCGGGAUCAUCACCAUCCCCAGCACCAGCUAGGGAAGCUCCAGAUGCUGCCGGCAUUGCCAAGGAUUGUGCUGGUUGUGGAGUCGAUUGGAGAUUUCCAGGCGCGGCACGGCGGCGAUGGGGGCGAUUCCUCCUCUUCCCCUCGCUGCUCCUCCACGUCCACCUCCUCCAUCGGCGCCUCCGAUUUGGGCGAGAAUGUGGAUGAGAGCAAUGAGGUGGAAAGCCCCCUGCGCGAUUCGUCCUCGUCGGGGCCCCUGGAGCGCAUGGAGACGCUGGAAUCCUCGCUGCCGCUCAAGCGAGGAUUGUCGCAGUUCUUCGAUGGCAAGUCGAGAUCUUUCACAUCGCUCAAGGAGGUGGCGUCGGCAGCAUCGGCGACGCAGCUGCGCAAGCCCGAGUACCCAUUCAAGCGGCGGAAGAUGGUGAUGCACAGCCAGAUGCGCAGCCGCGCCAAAUCCUCCUCCAAUCUCCGCAAGAUGCUGGGCCGCGCCGGGGGCGAGGCGUGGUCGCCACCGAGAUUCGUCAGCGUCAGCUCCUUCCUACCCAGAUCUUUCUCGCUCUCCAACAUCGUCCACCAAAACGUUUAGGGUUCUUGGCGGGAUGGAGAAUACUCACACACACACACACACACACACACACAAAGCAAAUGCGCUGGUACUCUUUCAAACGUAGCGGUGGACAGCCUCAAUUUUGGAAACUUCUCUCUUUCAUCUCUUUCCUCUUCCUCUCUUCUUGUACAAAUACCAAAGCAUUUCCAUUCUCUCUUUUC